UGUAAAACACACAGUGUUUACACAGUUUAAGUGAAAAUUGAAUGGGUUUUGCAGUGAGAAACCUCACAUGGAACAACUGUGCCGAUUUGGAGAGUCUGUCUGACCAUGUCCCUACUAGAGCCUGUGACUUUGAUCUGCUUCAGCAUGAAAUUUGACACAGAUAAGGUUCAGAUGCUCUUCUAUGACUUCCAAGAGGAAUGGGCUUCAUCUGCAUUAUUGCAUAGACGGACAUGUUUCUCCGACGCACUUGCUCGUAGACGCAGCGUUUGAAAUGGCUGUUACACUUCAAACGGAUCUUGGGGAGAUUAAAAUCGAACUGUUCUGUGAGCGCUCACCGAGAGCAUGUGAGAACUUCCUCGCUUUGUGUGCCAGUGGGUUCUACAGUGGCUCAGUCUUCCACAGAAAUAUCAAAGGCUUCAUGGUUCAGACCGGAGACCCCACAGGCACAGGCAAAGGAGGAACAAGUAUAUGGGGUCGCAAGUUUGAAGAUGAGUUCAGUGAGCACUUGAAACAUAAUGUGCGAGGAGUGGUCUCGAUGGCUAACAAUGGCCCCAACACGAAUGGCUCCCAGUUUUUCUUCACGUAUGCCAAACAGCCACAUCUGGACAUGAAGUAUACAGUGUUUGGAAAGAUUAUUGAUGGGCUGGAAACGCUGGAUGAGCUGGAGAAGCUGCCCGUCAAUGAAAAGACAUUUCGACCACUGACUGAAACUCGGAUAAAGGAUGUGACCAUUCACGCUAACCCUUUUGCUGGAUAGCCCACGUGGACUUCAGAAUAUGCAGAAAAGGCCGCCAGCACAGUCGUGAACUAUGUUGUUCUCCAAAAAAGCAAAGUGUUACAGUGGUACCUGGCUGAUAACUUCUGUUCAUGUUAAAGAUUGGAUAGACGUCAAUGACUGAAUGGCCGAGGCCGUGAAACGCUGAGUUAACAAAAUUCAGGAAUUUCUAAUGGGUAUGACAUAGAAUUGAUGUCAUUUUGGGUGAAAAUUAUUAUAUCUAAAUAAAUAACUUGAUGCGAGAUCCAUCUGUCAGAUUUCAACCGGUUGCAGCUAUAUCUUUAAUUAUAACUGAAAAGAAAUGCUCAUGACGGUUUUUCACAGUGUUUGUAAUGCAAAGUUAUUUUUAAACUCUUCAUUCCAUUUCGUUCACGUACAUUGACACCAGACAAUUUUUUUUUUCUUUAUACAGAACUGGUGUACAGAUUUGGAUGUUUUUUCUGUCUUAAUGGUCUGUGUAAAUAAAUUCUCUUGGUUUUGUACUGAA